AUGAUUAAAGAAUAUUCUAAUAAAUCGACAGAAAUAAAUUUCAAUGCUUGCUUUGCUACUGCAGGUUUAGUUGGUAGAAUAAAUAGACAAUCAUUACAAAUGACUUUUAUGUGUGUGGGAAUUAUAUCACAACUUUGUAAAGCUUCUUAUCAUAAUUACCAAUCUAUGACUUAUGAAAAGAUUAUAAACUUUGAUUGCUUAUGGUCUCAUGUUCGUAAUGCUCAACAGGCUAGUGGAGGAAUGAUAUACGAUGGUAAAGAUAUAAAAGAAGAUCCAGCAUUAAAAGAAUGUAACAUUUGUGAUAAUUGUCUUCAGCGUGCAUCUGAUAAACCAUCUCAAGCAAAGAAUGUUAAAAAUAAGUUCAGAGAACUGUCAGUUUACCUAAAGAAAUUUUCAAGAAAGCUCAAAACUAAAGAGGAUGCAUUUUUGUUAUUAGAUGAUUUAGUUUUGCGUGAUCUUAUAGAAGAGGAUAUAAUUUUGACAAGAUCACUAAUAGCACAAACAUUUACUUGCAAUGUAUUUAUUAUUGGUAUUGCAGAUGGAGCCAUUGCUAAAACUAAUACAAAAGAUUGGCAAUACCUAAUAAAAACUAGUUGA